AGGCGGGCGUCAGCUUCUGUGCGCUCCGAGACCUUCGGCGUGCUCCAGCGUGGGGCGGGGGCGAGACCGCGCCCUCGAGCUCAGUCCCGCCUCUUCAUUGUCCUGCUCCCCUCUCCAACACCCCCCACAUUGGACCGCCCCUAGCCCUGGCUCACUCUUUCUUGGGCAAACCGGAACCUGCCCUCUCCAGGGAUUCCCGCCGUGUUCCUGGCUGAGUGGAACCUGGCACCCUCGGAGGGGUGGCCGCCGAAGCCCUGGCGUGAAUCAGGACAGGCCGCCCCAGAGACUUCUGGCCGCAGAGCUUAGGAUCUCCUAUCCCCGUGCAGAAUUCUUGCUUGUCUCAGAAAAGCUGUCUUUCACUCCGUCAGCUCAGGGCUGUGUAUGUGUGACUCGCCUUCACCAAGCAGCAGCACAGCCGGCCGUGCCUGGGAGAACCAUGCUUUACAACGUCAGCCACAGCAAAGGUGUGCUCUACGCAAAUACAGCCCUGAAGGGGCAGGAUGGGGACAGGGAAAGAGCGUGGGUAGGAGUUGAAGGAGCCCUGGCUCCCAAUACCUCCUCCCUAUUUCCCCCUGAACCUCCAGGGGCCUCAAGCAACAUCAUUCCUGUCUACUGUGCUCUCCUGGCUACUGUGGUCCUUGGUCUGCUGGCCUAUGUGGCCUUCAAAUGUUGGCGCUCACAUAAACAAAGACAACAGUUGGCCAAAGCUCGGACUGUAGAGCUAGGGGACCCUGCCAGGGACCAGCGACAUGGUGACAGUAAUGUCUUCGUGGACUCUCCUCUCUGUCUGGAGCCCUGUAUCCCCAGCCAAGGACCACAUCCUGACCUCGGUUGCCGACUUUACCUGCAUAUUCCUCAGCAGCAGCAGCAGGAGGUCGAGCGACUCUUGAUGUUGGGUGAACCUGCCAAAGGCUGGCAGCGGCUGGCAGGCCACCUGGGCUACCAAGCUGAGGCUGUAGAAGCCAUGGCCUGUGGCCAGUCACCAGCCUAUACCCUGCUAAGGGACUGGGCUACCCAAGAAGGCAGCAGAGCUACCCUCAGAGUGCUAGAGGAUGCCCUGGUUACCAUAGGCCGAGAAGAUGUGGUCCAGGUUUUGGGCUCACCAGCUGAGGGCUGCUCUGUGGUUUGAGUGUCACUCCCUGGGGCUGCCUACACUGGCACUACAUUCUCACUGCCUCGGGUUCCCUUCAUGGACUUCCUAGUACUUCUGGCUUUAGAAGAUCCAGCCACUUCAUGUCCCUUCCCCCUCCUCUCCAAGACAGGAAGCAGAAUAUGGGGGGAUGGGUAAGAGUAGGGCAUGGCUCUACCCACAGAUCCCCCAUUCUGCUUCCCUUUAUGUAGCCCCAGCUAUUUUUUCUAUUUUUUUUUUUAAAAAUCACAUAUUAAAGGCAACUUUGACUU